AUGUACCCCCCAUUUUUUGACGCUCCUCCCUCUCUUCUUCGAAAACCGGACGGUUCAGUACUUUUUGAGUGUCUUUGCAAUGGCAGUCCGCAACCCACAAUUCAAUGGUUCUUCAAGGAUCAGGAACUGAAAGAUCCCAGACAUGAACAAAAAAUCAAGAAGAGUGUCGGGAAGUGGACGGUUACCAUGGUUAUGAAGAAUCCAACGCAGGAGGACCAGGGAGUUUACAAAGUUGUGGCAACAAAUCAAGCCGGUACCCAUUCAGUUGAACAAAAAUACAUACAUAUCUGCACUGCGGACGAGAUCUUCAAGUCUUCAUAA